CCUCGUUACCGUCAUCUCGUCCGCUACCACGCUAUCUGCGCCGUCGUACGAUCGAUCGCUUAACAAAAUAAAAAAUUAAAUUAAUAAAAAUUAAAUAAAUGAUCCCUAGAUAAUUCACACUCGCGAGUUCCGCUACGUUCUUCUAUUUAAUUUACCGAAGGUGUUAUUUUACGUGUUACUACUUACUUAACGGGCUUUUUCGGUGUACGAGUGAAGUUAAUAUUUUUCGAUUGCUCAAAGCAGAGACGUCGGUUUGAUAUUUAAGGUAUCGCGCAGAGAGGACGCGGCGCGGGGGUGUGAUGGUCGCGGGGGCCUAACGACCAUGCGAGGCCCGCGCCGCGCGCUCGCCCCGCCCGCCGCGCUUGCCGCCCGCGCCCUGCCACCGCUCCUGCCGCCCCUCCUGCCUCCGCUUCUACCGCUGCUGUUGCUGCUACCACUCCUGCUUACACACCACCUCGCCACAGCUGACAACGGUCUCAUCAAAGGUCAGCGCGCGCCGUGCUCCAACGAGGGCGAGGCGGUGCGGCUGCAGGACUCGCGGCUCGAACACGAGUGGAGCAGCUGCUUCCGUUGCAUUUGUAAGAACGGGUUCGUGGAGUGCCGCAGCGGGGGCGGUGAGGAGGAGUGCGGGCCGAUGGAGGAGUGUGCGGUGGUACUACCGCGGGCGGGGUGUUGCGCGCGAUGCAAGGGCUGCUGGUACAACGGCACUGAGCGCGCCUCGCACACCGAAUGGGCGGAGAGUGGCAGACUUCUCCGCUGCGAGGCUGGCGUAGUCACUGUUUCCCGGCCCGAAUGCUAUGUGCCCUGCGACAGGCCAAGGAGGCAGCGGCAUACACACUACAAUUGUCCUGUCUGUGAUGAAUGCGUGAUCAACGGCCAGCGUGUAGGCGAGGGUCGUGACGUGCGCGUGCCAGAGGAGCCGUGCUUAUCGUGCCGCUGCGUGCACGGAGCUCUGUCCUGUGCCAAGCGCGCCUGCCCUGUACUACCCUGCGCGCGCGCACACCAACACACACCGCCCGGCGAGUGUUGCCCGCGCUGCACACACCCCAUGUCCGACAAAUUUCUGCCCGGUUUAGGCAGUUUACCGAAGCCCUGUAUAAUUGGCAAGGAGUACCACGCGCACCUGAGCCGGUUCCAGGUGGAUCCGUGCACGGAUUGCACGUGCAUGAACGGCACGACGGUAUGCACGCGGCACACUUGCCCGGUGCUGACGUGUGGUGCACGCGCAUUACCCCCAGCCCCGGGUAAAUGCUGUCCUGAAUGCCCACAUGUCGAAGAGGCUAAAGCUGCCUGUGUUGUUGGCGGGGUUACCUAUCAGGAUGGAGAAAUUUGGCAAUUGGACGCGUGCAAAUCAUGCGAAUGUCACGGAGGCGAGCCGAGAUGUGCCAUGGAGAGAUGUCCGCCGCUGUCAUGUCCCUCCGACCAGAACCUAAGGCAGCUUCCCGGCCAGUGCUGUCCCAAAUGUGUGGAUAUCGACGGUAUUUGCACUGUCUUCGGUGAUCCUCACUAUAAAACUUUCGAUGGAAAAUUCUAUAGCUUUCAAGGAUCGUGCAAAUAUCAGUUAGUAUCGGACUGUGCGAAUCACACCUUCUCGAUAAGAAUUUCGAACGACGCACGAAACACUUCACAUUCCUCAUGGACCCGUACGGCGACGUUGCGUAUUGGGGCCACAAAAAUAAAUAUGGGACGCAAAAUGCGCGUUAAAGUGAACGGCCAUAGAGUGACACUACCCCAUAACAUUAAAAAAGUAGCCGACAUAAUCCGAAGCAACGGUUCCGUUCUUUUAAAAUCUGACAUCGGAGUGCAACUCCUCUGGGACGGGGAUGGAUUUUUAGAGGUGACCGUAUCAAGUGCAUAUAAAAAUCAAUUGUGCGGGUUGUGUGGGAAUUUCAAUUCGAUGGCAAGAGACGAUAUGAGGACGCGGGACGGGAGACAGUUGAACGAUCCGUGGCGUUUCGGUUCGUCGUGGCGAGUGGGUGGGCGGCGUUCGUGCUCGCGUCCAUCGGAACGACCAAGUAUGAAUUUACGUUGCCCGCAGUCCAAGUUGGUGAAGGCGCGAAGGUUGUGUCGCGGCUUCGAUCGAUACGAGGCGUUCUCGGAUUGUGGCGGCAAAGUGAACCCGCACAAUUAUCGCGAGGCGUGCGUACGGGACGCGUGCAGCUGUGCCGGCAAGCGCUGUCAUUGCGCAGCGUACCGGGCAUACGCGCGCGAGUGCACGCGGCUGGGCGCCGAGCCUCAUGGGUGGGCGCGGGCAGCCUGGUGCGAGGGCCCGCCGCCACCCUGGUUGGGCCGGUCGCGAAAGCAGUCGCUUGCGAAGCCAACUAAGAAGGCGUAUCUGGUGCCGCCAGUCAUUCCGAAGACGAGCAACAAUCGCACUCGACCCCCGCCACCGAUAUUGCACUAACGCGGAGGUUCUACUAGUCAAUUGUGUCGAUUUGGCAAAGUUAGUGUAUUACGAGUUAUACGAGGGUUUCAUCAGUGAGGGGCCGACUACCUACUAGAGCGAAGACCUAUUUACUCAAUCAGUAUUCACGUUAAACUUACAUUAAGUAAACAAAUACCAAUUAUAAUCGUAAAAAUCCGCUUAGCUCGUUAUUGCCUCGCGUUCAUCGACAAACUUACAUAAAUCGAUUGUAAGAUUAUCUUACCAAAUAAAUCUCAGCUUAGUUUUAUAGAGAAUAAAGUACAUUUUAGUUGUGAUGAGAUUUUCUAAUUUAAUUAUUAUAAUGACUUACUAACUUUGACUUGUUAGAUAUAAUAAUCAUAUUUGGGCUAUGUUGAUUAUUGUUGCAUUUAAAUGCAAAGAAACAAUUUUAAAUACGAUACGUCCUAAAUUAUAUUAUGUACUUGAAGUUAGUAUUAGGGUAAAUUAUUUACUGUUAUAUAAAGAUAUCUAUGUAAGAUAUAUGUAACAAGAAAGCCUUAAGGACUUUUUUGGAUUAUUAAAUGGCUUUAUGGCCCAGUUAUUAUAUUUGUUAAAUGUAUCAUUAAGUUAAUUAAUAAGGAAAACGCUUGAUCCGUUGAUUGUUAAAAAAAAAUCGUCAUCCUAUCAUGAAAACUUUUAUCAAAAUGUGAUAUAAGGUUUAUUUAUGAUUUUUGUAUGGCAGAGAAGUUUGGUAAAGCAUAGUUCAAAUUGAGAUCUCAUCUGUAGUUUUACUAAAUCUAAGAUAAUCUUGCUAUCUCAAGCCAAGAAGCUAAUUUGAGGAAACUUGUAUGAAUGUCUGAAUCAUACUUUAAACAUAGAUUUAAUACGUCUCUAUUAUUUUUUAAGCGUUAAAUGUCAUUGUUUUUAUUAUAGAGUUUUAAUUUCACAUGGGUUUUAAGAUAUUUUAGCAAGUUUAAUAAAAUCUUUUUCGAUUUCGAUACCGAUUAGGACCCAUAUUUUUUCAAUUUUAUAACUAACAGUGUUUACUUUAUAAAACAAUUUGAUGUUAAAACUUUAUAAUAUUCGAAAAUAUACCUUGGCUGAAUAUGCUGGCAGAAAUUAACAGAAUUUAAAUGAGGUUCCGAAAUGUUACAAAAAUAUUUUUUGUUAAUAUCUUAACUCGUAGUAGUGCCAUAUUUGACAAAUCGAUUUGACAUAUUUUUUUUUGUAUUCGGAAUAGACUCAAUCCCUUUGUAUUACACACCUUUAGUUUUAUGUACAGUAAACAAUUACGUGUGUAGACAAAAUUUAUUUGUCAGUUAAACUGUACAGUCCUCAUUGUUGCCUACACAGGUAACGUUUAACUGUACAGUUUAACUGUUCAAUGAAAACUGGAGGAACCUAGAGUGCUUUAUUGUUUCUUUUGUUGCACAAAUAGAAUUUAAUCGCAUUUAUUCGGGCGGGUCGCAGUUGUAAAACAGAGAACUGUUUUGCAAGAACAGUUUGCCUGUCACUCAAAAUUUUGUCUACACGCGUAACUUUUAACUGUACAGUUCGUUUGUACAGUUGAAACUGGUUGUCUGUAGCGGACUUUACUGAUUUAUUUGUGCAAAAUGAUAUAACUAGACCGCAUUAGAUUGGUAUCUAGGUAUUUAUUUUUGUAUACAAAUGUCUAGGAGAUGGUUACUUAAAUAUAAAAUAAAUAUUACGAUAAAAUAUAAAUAAGUACAACGAAUAUUAAUACCAAUAUCAAGCGACUGUUGUACAUAGACUAAUAUUUUCUGAAUGUAUAGUUAGUGGUAUUAUUUUGUGCAUGCCACCGAUCGAUAGUGAUUCACGUCGCGUAUUUUGUUAGACGAAAUUCACAAACGAUAGGUGACAUGUACUUGUAUCCUUGCAAAAUUUAGUUGUUAGAAGCGUUACCAAUGAACUUUAUACGUAAAGUGCGUUACAAACUUUCGUAUUUUAUUUUCAUAUUGACGUACACGCAGCCAGAAAAUCGAUAUAAUACCAACCAUUUAAGAAUACAGUAGGAAAAACAGUUGCCAUAUUUCGUAGGAUGACCUUGAAAUAUAUAAAUUUAUUUGUCAUUUAAUAUCUACCUUUACCAUGUUUUUUUUUUAUUUGGCUGUGGAUUCUACGUAUGCUGCUUUAUUUUCAAAACUUGUGAAUAUCAUAUGUGCCAUUCAUCUAUUACAUUAAUUGUGAUGAAUUAUAUUUAUUUUGCAAUUUUUUCCUAAUUGUGAAAAUUCUUCUUAAACUCGUUUUAGAAAGAUACGUAUUUAUUUUUUUUUCUAAUUAUAAUUUUAAUGUCUUUUUA